AUGGAAUUAUAAAUAAUAAAAAAAGAAAUGUUUUUUUUACUCUUAUAUGGUGUCAUGUAUUGAAAUUAUUUAUUAAGAGCAUUUUAGCCAUGAGUUUAUUAAUGAUAGGUUUGUAUGAGUACAAUGAGAUGUUUUAUCUAUUUGAGUGGGUGUGGUUGUUAUUUUUUGGGAAGAUCUUAUCUAUGGUAUUGUUAAUAAAUGAGAGAUCAAUUAAUGAAGAGGAGAGAGAAUAAUUACUUGAAAAAGAGAUUAGUGAACACAAAUAAACAUAUAUACCAUUUACACUAUAUGCAAUAGAUGCAUCAAUACAAGCAGCUGACAUUUUUUUAAUAUGUUUUGAAUUAUUCUAUAUGAACUUUGGAUUGUUCAUAAUAGUAAAUUAAAAUGAUUAAAAUAGUGUUAAGGGAUUGUGUUCGUAUUUUACACUAUAUACACAAAUAAGCAUGAUUAAUUAAAAAUAAUAUAUGCAGGUGUAGUUUUAUUGACAGGUAUCUUAACUCUUGCAUUGCAUAUUGAUGGGAAUCAUGAAUGUUAUAUAGGUUUGAUAGCAACACUGCUUCAAAUAGGAACCAACAUAUAUGCAAUAAAAUUAAAGGAACAAUUUAUGUGUUAGUAAAAAGAAUUCAUAAUAAAAUUACAAGAUAUAUAUUUCAACAUCCCAAAUAUAUUUCAUAUACUGGUAUAAUCUAAUUUUUGAUAUGGUCUAUUGUUCUAGUGAUUGUGAAUUUCAUUCCUUGUCCUAAUAUGGUAUAAUAAUCUAAUAAUAAUAAAAAGAAUUAGAAAUGUUAAAGUGGUAGUACUUUAGGCAAUUUUACAGAGUACUUUGAGGAAACCUUUUCAUAAUAAUAUGAUACUAAUAAUAAUCACAAGAAUAUUGUAAAAAUAUUAUUAUAUUGAAAAAGGCCUAUCCAGUAGUAGUAUUUGUGAUUUUGAUAUUAGUGAGUUCAGCCAUAUGUUAUAUAGAUAAUAAAAUAACUAUAAAAGAGUAAUCAGAUAAAAAAUAGAUUAUUUAAUAAUUUGUAUUUUUUCCUAUAUGGAUUUGGAUAAACAAAAGUCCAACAUAUGUUACUUUGUAUGUAUUUUGUAUAUUGUUCUUCAUUUUGUAAUGGUUAUUAGGAUUCUAUAUAGUAAAUGAUUGAUAAUUAAAUAGAUAUUUUAAGACAAGAAAGAAUAGAAAUAUGAAUAGGAAGAUGAAGAUUAAGAUUCAGAGUUUUCAUGA